AGAAGGAACAGCGUAACAACCUCGCUCCGUGCACCAACCAUUGAUGCGUUCAGUAGAGAGCGGGAAGUAUGCUGUGCAGCUGCUGAAGGAGAGCCUUCGCUCACGCGUGGCUCCUUUCGAGCCACGAGGAUAAACACACAAGUAAAUUGGAGCCAUGCCUUUUUGGAAGUGGACCAUCGAACCCGUCUACCUGAGUAGAGGAAACGGGAAAUGUGAGGAUGAUCUGUUGGAAGCAACGUGCAAUCGAACGUUGGUGGCUACUUUACAUCAGCUGACGUGCCUCCUGAAGUUGGCACAUUACGUUUUCAACGAUAUAGGGGGUGAGUGCGAGGCCCUAUAUAAGAAAACAGAAGAAUUAAAGGGAAGAAUCGAUGUGUGCAGCAAAACUUCGAAAGGCCUCAAUGCCAGGAAGGUUGCAGUUCCUGCCGGCGAUAUCGAUUGGUAUUGUCAGGUAAAGGACCACUAUAUCACCACGUACGUCCAGGAAACAGACCUUAUUGUAUCCUCCGACCGUCCUGUGUACGUGAAACACUUGUACGAUAAAGCAGCAGCGACUCCUUUACCUCUGAUCAGAGCCAUUGAUAAAUUCAGAACCGAUGGAGUGCGAGGUUCCAAAAUAUUUGCAAGGACACCGGUUUUAGAAGAGACAUCGAAGAAAAAUAAAAACUUAGACAUCGAAACGAGAAGGCCCGCAAGUUUCGCAUUGGCACGUGAUUGGGAUGAACUGGAAAUAACAUUUUUGAAGAACGAGUGUUCAGGACCGUGUCAGACCGUGGCUCCAUCUCGUGACAUUAUAGCAGAUUUGACUCGUUUACCAUCUCCAGAGGAACGGACUCUCGCCAUGUCGCUGGAAUAUCCAUCAACGGUUGUACCCAUUGAUAUAACAGGGAACAGUUUCCAGAGGAUGUCAAGUCUUAGACGCUCUUUACUACACGUCGACUUUUUCAUCAAACGAAAAAAGCAAAAGAAAAACAAACGAAGAAACACAAUCUCAGGAAGCACGAGUAAAGAACUAGAAGAGGCCUUAAGGAAAACGACAAGCAAAGCUCUAGUAGACACUUCUUGUCAGACAGAAGAGUGUACCGAAGUCGGUUGGUUCGGAAAAAUAUUCAACAAAAGGAAUUCUUUAAUUAAACGUGAGAAAAAGUCACCCCAGGAGGAAAAUAAUAAUGUACUUUCGAAAAUAACAGCAUCAGUACGAAACCGUGAUAGCGUCAAUCUCUUUGAUUCCAUAGAAUCUUCUAAGUCAAGCAAAAAAUCCGAAAGGAACAGUUUAGUUAUUAAAGAUAAAGCAGAAAGCUCCACUACAAAGAAAACGCCGUCCACUAGUAAAAGCAAGAUGCGAAGCAUUUUGCCAAUAUCUACUCUAUCAGCUGCUAUGACAGUAGCGGUAAAGUUGAGGCAGUGCAAGAAAAAUGGCGACGAUGGUAGAUCGUCUAGUGGUAAUUGGAGCGCGAGCAGCAGCACUCGAGUUUCUGUAGAUUCGGACCAACAGCAGGUUACCUCCUCCUCUAACGGUGCAUGCAGUCCAUCCCAAAGUUCGCUGGGUAAAGAUUCUGUGCUAUCCGAUUACACGCCUCAGGAUACAGAUACAAGUAGAUCCCAAGAAGGUAGUAGAGCUAGCAGAACGGAUAGGCGUCCACUUUCUCUCAUGUCACCGAAAAUUGGGGAGGACAGCACGCAUUCCUGGUUGCAGUCGAUUGAACAGGAUUGCCAAUCGGGUACACUCACACCUGAUAAUUGCCCUUCUGAUUCCACGAGUACUCCUCAUGUUCUAUCGCCGUAUAUAAGGAGGAGGAGAUAUUGCCAAAACGAAUCUUCACCACCAAUUAUGGAUGAUGAAGGCUCUUCGGUUUAUUCCGUCGACACCGAUGGCUAUUAUACGUCUAUGCACACGGAUAGUGGUUUGAAAACUAGAACUCCUCAACACGAGUGUCGUGCCAGGAGGGAUUCUGACAGUUCCGUUAGUACUCUUGGAAAUGUUAGUGUGAAUAGUCUACUUUCCAGAGCCACGAUAGGCAGAUCUUCUAAGUCCGACAGCUUCAGGGAGGAGAGGAAGAUUCCACCUCCACCUCCUGUAAGGAUAUCUAGUGUGAAGAGGGAUUCUAGUAGUGAUGGUACGGGGAGCCAAAACAAUGGUGACACGUCCACAUCAGAGUCAUCAGACAGAGAUACCGUAGAGAGGUUACGAAAGAAAACAGCCAUUAAUUCAAGUCGUUAUCCUUCCAUGUGUGCGGUGUCUCCGGAGCCUAGUGAUGACGAAUCGAGCAAACCCAAACAGGUUGAUUCUACACGAGGGAAAAGCCCACCGAAGUUUAACAUGUAUUCGGAUCAAUCACCCCAGAACUCAAAGUUUGUAUCGUUCUUUCGAAGGAGCAGAUCUCCGGAAGAAGCUAUAACCGAACGUAAUCAAAGUUUGGUAACAUCCUUCUCUCCGGAGCAUCCAGAACAGCCUAAGGCAAGCGAAGUAAAGAACGAACAAGUUAAAAACGAACAGAUAAAGAACGACCAGGUGAAAGCAACUAACAGGUUAUCUAUCUCUUCGGUGUUUACGGAGGAAGGAAGAUCGACAAUCAAAAGAGUUUCUUUAUCAAAUUCAGAUAAACCACAGAACCAGUCCAAAUCUUGUAGUUUGAUACCAAAAGCUAUUGAAAGACCAGUAGCGAGAGUUACGUUAGACCCUAAUGGUCGAGUUAUAUUUUCGUCAAAUUCUUUAGGAAGAAGACGCGAUGGUCAACCUUUAAGAUCUCCACCCUCUCCAGUUUCCGAACAGAAAUUUGCAACAUUACCAAUGCGAAAUUCUCAUAACGUAUCGUCUUCUCCUAUAAUUGCACAUAAUGGAACAUUUAUGAGAUUAGAACAACCCGCUAGAAUCAAAUCUCCUGUUCACGAACAGAGAACUAAAUCAUUAAUGAACCCAGUUCAAACUCAAUCGGAACCAAAAAGGAAUGAAAGCUGUUACAAGAGAACAUUAUGUGGACCCAGAUUACCGAUGAAUGGUUACAUACCUACAUCUGUAAUUUCACGAAAUGCGAUAAAUGAUAGUGAGGAGUGUUCAUCAUCACCUAAUGGUCAGUUACCAACAGUGCCUCCGGAAAUGCCCCCACUGUCCAGGUUCGCUAAUCAACAUUCCACAAAAAGAAAUUCAGAUCAAGUUAAUGGUUACAGAAAUCAGUCUGCACAUCACGUGCCUUCAUCGAUAUCAGUUCAAAAUAGCUUGAGAUCAAUAGCUUCAUACUCGCCUUAUCAAUCGUCCAUUUAUGGUGGAGUGCCCAAACCCACAUCACAAGCAACGGACUCUUCUAAUUCUAGAAAUUCUCUUAGAACAAACUUUUUGUUUCCACACUCUAAAACGGCUCCUUCUCUAUCUUCGUCCAAUAUAUACUCCAAUUUAUAUUCUAGAACUCCGAAACAAAAUACUUCGCCUACUACACCCUUUAACAAUGGUUUAACACCAACUAAACAAGUUAGCUUCUGUCCUAUAGAUAGGCCAAUGCAAAAUGGUGUGAAUUCGAGAAUUAAACAACCAAACAUAUGCACGAGUAUAUCAUCACCUAGCAUUUAUAACAGGCAUAAUGGAGACGUUUCAAAGACUACAACCUUCAGAAACGGCUCACCACAAUCUCCAACAUCACCACAUUCAAAUGUGCAGCAAUCUUCACCAUCCAUAUUAAGAACUUCAAAUGGUACAGCUUCACCCUAUGCUAAAUCGAAUAUCAGGAUGACUUUUAAUGGUUACCAGAGCCCAAAUCGUCCUUCCUCUAUAGACAGGUUGAGUCCUAGUUCACGCUGCGAUUCACCCGGUUUGUGCACCUUUUCUAAACAAUCGCCUACGAAUAAAUUUCAAAAUUCUCCAAGUACAAAUGGAGUCGAGAGGAAGACUUUGAUGACAACUGCCGAUCUUUUCGCAGCUAUACACAACUCGAAAAAGAAGCAUAACAUAAAAACAGACUUGGAUAUAUCGUCCUCCUCCUUAUCUUCUCGUUCUAGUUCUCCUUGCAAUUCUACCACCUCAACUAAAAGUGUCCUAGCCGAAACUGGUUUCCUUAGCCCUAGAAAUCAACUAAAUAUACCAAGAGAUAGGAGAAGCUGGAUAGGGGACUAUAAAUCGUUUUCACUACCUUCCGGUGAUAGGAAAAGUCUAGCCAAUGACCGUUUAGGACCUCCAAAACCGACCAGUAUGUACGAUUUUAAGAUGCUACUCUUACAAGCCAGCAGAAACAAUAACGACAGCCCCGGUGCAAGAAUAUCCGCGUCAGAGAGGUUAAAAGUUCAACCCAAGAACGAAAUCAAUGCCACGCGAUCUCUACCGACGUCACCGAUUAGAACUCCUCCACCGAUUUUAACUGGUCAUUCGACUGUGCCCAUUAAGCGUGGUUCAAAAGCCAGAUCGUCUCUACGUUACGAUCUCAUGUAUCAACCUAUUCUAGAAGAUUGCUGCGAAGAAACCGAAGCACAAAAAAGUCCCAAAACCCCUCCAACUCGAACCCCUCUAGAAACAUCCUUCGUCAAUUCGACACCCAGCUGUGCCAAUAAUCUCCCCCCUCCUCAGCAUUGGACUCAAGCAUUCGUUCCCAUUAGAACUGCCAAUUCACGAGGUGCCAGCACAUGGGUAGUCGACUUUUUCAUCAAACGAAAAAAGCAAAAGAAAAACAAACGAAGAAACACAAUCUCAGGAAGCACGAGUAAAGAACUAGAAGAGGCCUUAAGGAAAACGACAAGCAAAGCUCUAGUAGACACUUCUUGUCAGACAGAAGAGUGUACCGAAGUCGGUUGGUUCGGAAAAAUAUUCAACAAAAGGAAUUCUUUAAUUAAACGUGAGAAAAAGUCACCCCAGGAGGAAAAUAAUAAUGUACUUUCGAAAAUAACAGCAUCAGUACGAAACCGUGAUAGCGUCAAUCUCUUUGAUUCCAUAGAAUCUUCUAAGUCAAGCAAAAAAUCCGAAAGGAACAGUUUAGUUAUUAAAGAUAAAGCAGAAAGCUCCACUACAAAGAAAACGCCGUCCACUAGUAAAAGCAAGAUGCGAAGCAUUUUGCCAAUAUCUACUCUAUCAGCUGCUAUGACAGUAGCGGUAAAGUUGAGGCAGUGCAAGAAAAAUGGCGACGAUGGUAGAUCGUCUAGUGGUAAUUGGAGCGCGAGCAGCAGCACUCGAGUUUCUGUAGAUUCGGACCAACAGCAGGUUACCUCCUCCUCUAACGGUGCAUGCAGUCCAUCCCAAAGUUCGCUGGGUAAAGAUUCUGUGCUAUCCGAUUACACGCCUCAGGAUACAGAUACAAGUAGAUCCCAAGAAGGUAGUAGAGCUAGCAGAACGGAUAGGCGUCCACUUUCUCUCAUGUCACCGAAAAUUGGGGAGGACAGCACGCAUUCCUGGUUGCAGUCGAUUGAACAGGAUUGCCAAUCGGGUACACUCACACCUGAUAAUUGCCCUUCUGAUUCCACGAGUACUCCUCAUGUUCUAUCGCCGUACAUAAGGAGGAGGAGAUAUUGCCAAAACGAAUCUUCACCACCAAUUAUGGAUGAUGAAGGCUCUUCGGUUUAUUCCGUCGACACCGAUGGCUAUUAUACGUCUAUGCACACGGAUAGUGGUUUGAAAACUAGAACUCCUCAACACGAGUGUCGUGCCAGGAGGGAUUCUGACAGUUCCGUUAGUACUCUUGGAAAUGUUAGUGUGAAUAGUCUACUUUCCAGAGCCACGAUAGGCAGAUCUUCUAAGUCCGACAGCUUCAGGGAGGAGAGGAAGAUUCCACCUCCACCUCCUGUAAGGAUAUCUAGUGUGAAGAGGGAUUCUAGUAGUGAUGGUACGGGGAGCCAAAACAAUGGUGACACGUCCACAUCAGAGUCAUCAGACAGAGAUACCGUAGAGAGGUUACGAAAGAAAACAGCCAUUAAUUCAAGUCGUUAUCCUUCCAUGUGUGCGGUGUCUCCGGAGCCUAGUGAUGACGAAUCGAGCAAACCCAAACAGGUUGAUUCUACACGAGGGAAAAGCCCACCGAAGUUUAACAUGUAUUCGGAUCAAUCACCCCAGAACUCAAAGUUUGUAUCGUUCUUUCGAAGGAGCAGAUCUCCGGAAGAAGCUAUAACCGAACGUAAUCAAAGUUUGGUAACAUCCUUCUCUCCGGAGCAUCCAGAACAGCCUAAGGCAAGCGAAGUAAAGAACGAACAAGUUAAAAACGAACAGAUAAAGAACGACCAGGUGAAAGCAACUAACAGGUUAUCUAUCUCUUCGGUGUUUACGGAGGAAGGAAGAUCGACAAUCAAAAGAGUUUCUUUAUCAAAUUCAGAUAAACCACAGAACCAGUCCAAAUCUUGUAGUUUGAUACCAAAAGCUAUUGAAAGACCAGUAGCGAGAGUUACGUUAGACCCUAAUGGUCGAGUUAUAUUUUCGUCAAAUUCUUUAGGAAGAAGACGCGAUGGUCAACCUUUAAGAUCUCCACCCUCUCCAGUUUCCGAACAGAAAUUUGCAACAUUACCAAUGCGAAAUUCUCAUAACGUAUCGUCUUCUCCUAUAAUUGCACAUAAUGGAACAUUUAUGAGAUUAGAACAACCCGCUAGAAUCAAAUCUCCUGUUCACGAACAGAGAACUAAAUCAUUAAUGAACCCAGUUCAAACUCAAUCGGAACCAAAAAGGAAUGAAAGCUGUUACAAGAGAACAUUAUGUGGACCCAGAUUACCGAUGAAUGGUUACAUACCUACAUCUGUAAUUUCACGAAAUGCGAUAAAUGAUAGUGAGGAGUGUUCAUCAUCACCUAAUGGUCAGUUACCAACAGUGCCUCCGGAAAUGCCCCCACUGUCCAGGUUCGCUAAUCAACAUUCCACAAAAAGAAAUUCAGAUCAAGUUAAUGGUUACAGAAAUCAGUCUGCACAUCACGUGCCUUCAUCGAUAUCAGUUCAAAAUAGCUUGAGAUCAAUAGCUUCAUACUCGCCUUAUCAAUCGUCCAUUUAUGGUGGAGUGCCCAAACCCACAUCACAAGCAACGGACUCUUCUAAUUCUAGAAAUUCUCUUAGAACAAACUUUUUGUUUCCACACUCUAAAACGGCUCCUUCUCUAUCUUCGUCCAAUAUAUACUCCAAUUUAUAUUCUAGAACUCCGAAACAAAAUACUUCGCCUACUACACCCUUUAACAAUGGUUUAACACCAACUAAACAAGUUAGCUUCUGUCCUAUAGAUAGGCCAAUGCAAAAUGGUGUGAAUUCGAGAAUUAAACAACCAAACAUAUGCACGAGUAUAUCAUCACCUAGCAUUUAUAACAGGCAUAAUGGAGACGUUUCAAAGACUACAACCUUCAGAAACGGCUCACCACAAUCUCCAACAUCACCACAUUCAAAUGUGCAGCAAUCUUCACCAUCCAUAUUAAGAACUUCAAAUGGUACAGCUUCACCCUAUGCUAAAUCGAAUAUCAGGAUGACUUUUAAUGGUUACCAGAGCCCAAAUCGUCCUUCCUCUAUAGACAGGUUGAGUCCUAGUUCACGCUGCGAUUCACCCGGUUUGUGCACCUUUUCUAAACAAUCGCCUACGAAUAAAUUUCAAAAUUCUCCAAGUACAAAUGGAGUCGAGAGGAAGACUUUGAUGACAACUGCCGAUCUUUUCGCAGCUAUACACAACUCGAAAAAGAAGCAUAACAUAAAAACAGACUUGGAUAUAUCGUCCUCCUCCUUAUCUUCUCGUUCUAGUUCUCCUUGCAAUUCUACCACCUCAACUAAAAGUGUCCUAGCCGAAACUGGUUUCCUUAGCCCUAGAAAUCAACUAAAUAUACCAAGAGAUAGGAGAAGCUGGAUAGGGGACUAUAAAUCGUUUUCACUACCUUCCGGUGAUAGGAAAAGUCUAGCCAAUGACCGUUUAGGACCUCCAAAACCGACCAGUAUGUACGAUUUUAAGAUGCUACUCUUACAAGCCAGCAGAAACAAUAACGACAGCCCCGGUGCAAGAAUAUCCGCGUCAGAGAGGUUAAAAGUUCAACCCAAGAACGAAAUCAAUGCCACGCGAUCUCUACCGACGUCACCGAUUAGAACUCCUCCACCGAUUUUAACUGGUCAUUCGACUGUGCCCAUUAAGCGUGGUUCAAAAGCCAGAUCGUCUCUACGUUACGAUCUCAUGUAUCAACCUAUUCUAGAAGAUUGCUGCGAAGAAACCGAAGCACAAAAAAGUCCCAAAACCCCUCCAACUCGAACCCCUCUAGAAACAUCCUUCGUCAAUUCGACACCCAGCUGUGCCAAUAAUCUCCCCCCUCCUCAGCAUUGGACUCAAGCAUUCGUUCCCAUUAGAACUGCCAAUUCACGAGGUGCCAGCACAUGGGUAUAACGUUAUUA